AAAGCAUUACCGUGAUCUAUGUUACAUGGAUUGUGGAUCAGAUGUCUGUUAGACUCCGGUAAGUGGCUGAAACAGAUAAGGAGAUGAAUAUGCAAAUUUGAUAACAACACCAAACCUUGAAUGCAAUUCAAUGAUUUUUCCAGGAAAGUGAGAGAGAAAGGUGGUUUAUCCAAUGCACUUAGGAAAGUGUGGCCAUGCCUUGAAUGCCAUUCAGCGAUUUUACCAUCUACCUUACCUAAAUCCAUUAAUAAGUAUUCACGCACUGACGUCUACAUAUUUCUCACACAAAGAAGGAAAUUAGGAGAAGGAAGAAUCGAGAGAUCGGAUGGAGAAGAGUGAAAAGGGAAAUGGAUUAGCUGCUGCUUCAAAGUCCCCAAUGGGAUUGAGGGGGUGGUUAAGAUGUGAAAAUGAAGAGGUGAAUACCAGCAUGCGAACUGCUGAAACCAUGCUGCGCUUGGUGCCAAUGGCUUUAGGUAUUGCUGCACUUGUUGUCAUGCUCAAGAAUUCUCAAUCCAAUGAGUUUGGCUCUGUUUCCUACUCAGAUCUUGGAGCAUUCAGGUAUUUGGUGCAUGCAAAUGGCAUAUGUGCAGGCUAUUCCCUUCUUUCAGCAAUUAUUGCGGCCAUGCCUCGUCCCUCCACAAUGCCUCGAGCUUGGACUUUCUUCCUCCUAGAUCAGAUUCUAACUUACAUAAUUCUGGCUGCUGGUGCUGUGUCAACCGAGGUGCUUUACCUGGGCAACAAAGGAGAUGCAGCUAUCACUUGGAGUGCAGCUUGUGGGACAUUUGCCUGUUUCUGUUAUAAAGCAACAACAUCAGUAAUCAUCACAUUCGUUGUAGUAAUUUGCUAUGCAGUUCUGUCACUGAUCUCUUCCUAUAGGCUUUUCAGCAAGUUUGAUGCACCUGUGAACUACCCCAGCAAAAGUGCUGAGACUACAGUAUUCCAUUGUUGAUAUUGAUGUUUAAUUAUACUUCCACAUUCUGUGAUUCUGAUACUGUAAUAAAAACAGCUUUCCUAUAGAAUAUAUCUACCUCGGGUGGUCAGUA